AUGCCCAAUGUAACAGGUCUCGAUGAGAUAUUCUCCGACGAGUCUAGCUUCUACGGCAACCCUGCAACCUCACCCGCUAACCCUGUUCCAGGCGAUGACGACGAACAAGCGCGUCUUUUGAACCUAGCAGCAACCUACGACCCGGAGCCUUUCUGGUCAGAAAUUCACCCACGGCUACUGUCAAAAAGGCAGCACGAGCUACAAGCUCCGCCUACACAAACUGAACCAGAGCCCAUGUCCCAAGAUGAUUCCCCAACUACCACAUUUCAACCCAAGGAUAGACGUGGGCCGAAAGAAUCCAUAACCUCCUUCUUGUCGCGUCUCCCACCAUCCACAACACCCGUUUCUGAAGCAGGGCCGUGGAUCUGGAUGUGGGGUCCCAAACCGCACGCCACGGAAGGAGGGGACGUUCCCGCCUUCACAAGAAAAGGAACCGAACUUCUGGAAGCCUACGAGGAAGAAAGUUCAAGGCUUCGCGCCGCACACGAAAAGUCCGGCGCGAAAACCACCGCCAGUCUAACCCGCAAACUGAACCCUCUACGCCGGACUCUGGAACAGAAUAUCUUCGAGCUAGCAAAAGAAACCGGCGUUACAUCGGGCAAGUGGAUGUUAUUCCCCUCCGUGAAUAACGUCGACUCAAUCUGGAAAACGGUGGUCACUGCCUUGGACGAAGGCAAGCUAGGCGAUGCGGCGAAAGUUGCUACGGAUGAUGGAUCGGGAGAUGUCCGGUUGAUCUGCGUAUACACGCGUGAUUUUUCGGAUAAAGAGGAUGUGAAGCGGGUUUUGAAGACGCUUGUUGAGACGGGUUUGGUGGAUAAGGAGUCUCGGCCCAUUUAUUACAAGUGCGAUGCUUAUACGUACUUGGAUAUCAAGUCGAAGAACGAGUAUGGGCUUAAGGCGAGCUUGUUCUCGAGUCGGGAUGUGCUUUCGGGGAAGGUCUGA